GUCUGUGUCAAACAAACGUAAGAUAAAUCAUUUUGGGGGUUAAAGUUUCAGCCCUCCCCCCGGUAUGCCAGAUUUGGUUGAGUCCAGGGUCGGCAGAUCCAAGAUGGCUGACUGAGCAGCGAUGUGCUAAAGUUCACUUUUAACUCUAAACGCUGAAGCUAGUUAUCCUUCAUUUCUCUUGUCGGAUUGGUGUUUGCUGAGAACGGAUACUGGGGACUUCCACAUUGGGAUUACAAGGUUUUCAGAUCUGCAGAAUUCCAGGUGUCUUGUUCUGGGAUGUCCAGGCUAGGUGGCCUCAGGGGGCUCAGCCCCGAAACACAGACCGCCGGCGGAGACACUUCCACUGCUGAGGGACUACACGAGCCUCUACAGAUGGAUACAUCCAUGUGUAGAGAUACCUGCACAGUUGCUUGAAAGAGAGAACUGACCAGGCGGCACCUUUUGAACCGGAUAUUCGGGACCCAACUGGUCCUCGGACAGGGAUCACAUCUGUGCGGGUGUUAGCUUUUAUUCAGCCAACUUCCAUUUUUCCCUUUUAAGUCCCCUAAUAUUUCACAUUUCAUCCAUCAAGUAAUCCUCUAUUCCUUCCCUCUCUCCCUCUCUUCAUUCAGUCAUCUUGAGAGUGCUGAGAUUUUGCGCUGCAGAGCUAGAAGUGGUGAGCAGGUAAUGGAUGAUGCUCGCCAUGGUGACCUAGUGUAAAUGGCUAUUCCUUCGCACAGCUCAGUGCCUGUAUCUACUGCUCAACCUUCCUCCUCCACUCCCCCUUCCUCUCACCCCUACUCAACCUCUCUGCUCUCCUUCCCUGUUCACCGCUGCUGCUUGCUGCCCAGUCCUGCCUCCCCCCUCCAACACCAUGGUAGGUGCAGGCUUGGGUGCGUGGAAGCUAAUGCGAGGUGUCCGCCAGCUGGAGCUUCACCGCCUCAUCCUGGCACUUAUCAUCUUCUGCUUACUGUCUAUGGCCUUCCUAGCUUACUACGUGUCCAACAGCCCCAAAAUCAAGGAGGCCCCCCCUUUACCCUUCAGUGACUGUGGCGGAGGGGGUGGGAUGUCACCGGGAGCGAGCACUGGGGCCGCUGGAGGAGGGCCAGGUGUCCAGAGGGCACCGCUUUUCCUUCCCCAGCGUGAGGGCCGACUACGACAGGUAAAGGCGGUGGACAAUUCCAGGACAGAGCCCGUGGUUCUAGUGUUUGUGGAGAGCAUCUACUCCCAGCUGGGCCAGGAGAUUGUAGCCAUAUUAGAGUCUAGCCGCUUCCACUACCGGACAGAGAUUGCUCCUGGUAAAGGAGACAUGCCCACAUUGACGGAGCAUAACCGUGGUCGCUACACACUCAUCAUUUAUGAAAAUGUGUUGAAAUAUGUCAAUCUGGAUGCGUGGAACCGUGACUUGCUGGACAAGUACUGUGCGGAGUAUGGAGUGGGUGUCAUUGGCUUUUUCAAAGCUAAUGAAAACUCUCUUCUCAGUGCACAGCUCAAAGGUUUCCCUCUCUUUCUACACUCACACCUGGGACUCAGGGACUAUCGCAUCAACCCCAAUGCUCCGCUACUCUACAUCACCAAGCCCAACCAGGUGGAGCAGGGCUCUUUACCAGGGGAUGACUGGACCAUUUUCCAGUCCAACCACUCUACCUAUGAACCAGUGCUUCUGGCCAGCACCAAGUCCUCUGAGGCACUGGCACAUUUUGGACCCAGCCCCUUGCGGGCUCUCCACGCCACAGUGGUCCAGGACUUGGGGCUCCACGAUGGCAUUCAAAGAGUUCUCUUUGGAAACAAUCUCAACUAUUGGCUUCACAAGCUGGUGUUUGUAGACUCCAUUGCCUACCUGACAGGGAAGAGACUGUGCUUGUCUUUGGACCGCCACAUCCUGGUGGACGUGGAUGAUAUAUUCGUUGGCAAGGAGGGAACCCGGAUGAAAGUGUCAGACGUGGAGGCAUUGCUCAACACUCAAAACAAGCUGAGAGCACUGGUCCCUGAUUUCACCUUCAAUUUGGGAUUUUCAGGAAAGUUCUAUCACACAGGCACUGAUGAAGAGGAUCGGGGAGAUGACAUGCUACUGCAACAUAGGAUGGACUUCUGGUGGUUUCCUCACAUGUGGAGCCACAUGCAGCCUCACCUCUUUCACAAUGUCAGCGUCUUGGCUGAGCAGAUGAGGCUCAACAAGAUUUUUGCUCAGGAGCAUGGCAUCCCAACAGAUAUGGGCUACGCAGUGGCUCCACACCACUCUGGGGUGUACCCAGUUCACAGCCAGCUCUAUGAGGCCUGGAAGUCUGUGUGGGGCAUCAAGGUGACCAGCACUGAGGAAUACCCUCAUCUGAGGCCGGCUCGAUACCGCCGUGGCUUCAUCCACAAUGGCAUCCAGGUGUUGCCCAGGCAGACCUGUGGUCUGUUCACCCAUACCAUCUUCUAUAAUGAAUACCCAGGAGGCUCAAAGGAGCUGGACAAGAGCAUCAGAGGAGGAGAACUCUUCCUCACUGUCCUCCUAAACCCUAUCAGUAUCUUCAUGACCCACCUGUCUAACUAUGGCAACGACCGGCUGGGUCUGUAUACCUUUGAGUCUUUGGUGAAGUUUGUCCAGUGUUGGACCAACCUCAGGCUGCAGACGUUGCCCCCCCUCCAACUCGCUGAGAAAUACUUCCAGAUCUUCCCCGAGGAGAGAGACCCACUCUGGCAGAACCCUUGUCAUGACAAGCGACACAAAGAUAUCUGGUCUAAAGAAAAGACCUGUGACCGACUCCCCAAGUUCCUCGUCAUUGGACCACAGAAAACCGGCACUACAGCGCUUCAUUCAUUCCUGAGCCUCCACCCAGCAGUCACCAGCUCAUUCCCCAGCCCCACUACCUUCGAGGAGAUCCAGUUCUUCAGUGGAGCAAGCUAUGACAAUGGGAUUGACUGGUACAUGGACUUUUUCCCAUUCCCUUCCAAUGUCAGCACAGAUUUUAUGUUUGAAAAGAGUGCCAACUACUUUGACACAGAGGUCGCGCCCAAGAGAGCUGCUGCCCUGCUUCCCAGAGCCAAAAUCUUGGCAGUGCUAAUCAACCCAUCUGACAGGGCGUACUCCUGGUACCAGCACCAGAGGGCCCACCAGGACCCUGCAGCCCUCAACAACACUUUCCAUACAGUGGUGACGGCAGGCCCCUCUGCCCCCAAGGACCUGCUGGCCCUUCAGAGACGCUGCCUUAAUCCGGGUCUCUAUGCACCUCACCUGGAGCGCUGGCUGCAACACUACCAGCCCAGCCAGUUGCACAUCGUGGACGGGGCCCUGCUGCGCUCCAACCCAGCACUGGUGAUGGAGGGAAUCCAGAGAUUCCUCGGUGUCACUCCUGUCUUCAACUACACCCAGGCUCUAAUGUACGAUGACAGCAAAGGUUUCUGGUGUCAGCGGGUGGAAGGAGGUCGAGCCAAAUGUCUGGGGAAGAGUAAAGGCAGGAAGUACCCAGAGAUGAGCCCUGAGUCACGUGCCUUUCUGGCAGAGUACUACCGGGAGCACAACAUGGAGCUGCUACGUCUGCUGAAUCGGUUGGGCCAACCACUGCCGUCCUGGCUCCGCCAAGAACUCCAGAGCACAAGCUGGAGCUGAGGCUACAAAGCUUCCACACACACACACACAGACAGACAAAUGCACCACAGAAAAGCCGGGACUGGAUUCUGUGGAUGAGCCAGCACUUGGGAUGUGGAUUAAACUGGACUACCUGAUCUGGAAUCAACAGCAGCACACACUACAAGCUUAGCUUAGCUGAUGUUACUGGUGCUCCUGUUCCACAGAAAAAGAAGACAGUACAACAUGAGCUCUUUCUUAAAGUGUCGGUCACUGUUGGAGAUUCCUGAUUGGUUGCCAACCUCCCGCGAACACUGGGCAGCCUCACCCUCAGUCGGUGUGUGUUGGACAGGGGGGGGGUGACACUGUACACAUCAGUUUGAUGUGGAUCCAGAGGACUGGGUGACCAGCAGGUUUGGGGCACAAAGAACAGGUCAGCCAGCAUUAAUGAGAGGAGAGAAACUGUGCGGAUGUGGAGUGUAUGACUGGAUACAGGACAAACGUGCACAGACACACACACACAAACACGUGUAUACACACAUCUCCUCUCGCCACAAGAAUGAUUGUAAAGCAUUUUCAAAAGCGGUUGUAUAUGUUAGGUUUGAGGGGGGGGGGGGACAAAAUGGCCAUCAGCCUGAAGCAGACAGUAUAGACAGACAGUCCAUACCCUGGCCCAGAUUUCUCGGUUACACACACACAUCUACCUGCAGGUCCAGCCAACAGUCGGGGUGCCGCAUUCCCUCCUAUUCGUCUGUUUACUGUACUGACGGACAUUUUUAAAAUGGAUUCAACUAAUAUGAUGCCAGGUCAAUGUAAAUAUCAUGUGUUCAGAUUUGGUACACAACUAAGCCCAGGUCCAGGCAGGGUUCAAAAUUAACUUUUGGUCCACCAGCCAAAUGGCUAGUGAAUGAAAAACUUUUACUAGCCACUCAAUAGCUUUUUUUAUUUUAUUUUUUUUUUUUUUAAACCAUUGUUUUUUGGGCUGGUGAGUGAAGCAAAUCUACUAGCCCCUUGCAUAUUUUACCAGCAUUUGGCUGGUGGAUGGUGCUAAUUUUGAACCCUGGGUCCAGGCUCUGGCCCAUACUAACAUCCUGUCAGUGAGCAGCUUUGUUAUACUUUGUUUAUUCACAAAGGUCAAGAUGCUUUUUGAAUGAUUAUCCACGUUGGCUCCCUCGAUUCUCUGAUUUUUAUUUAAGACGACUUUUAUACUAGCUUUUAACCUACCUAGGAUAGUUUAUUAAAAAAUAAACCGACAGACCGAGGGCCCCACACAACAUACUGCUGAGCAAAGGUUGUGUUACAGGACUGGAGUUUAGUGAUUUUAGCAAUGGGACUUUGAAUGACGUUUUUUUUCGAACAUGAAAGUUCAGAUUUACUUGAGCUCUUUAUAAUGUUAUAUAAUAUCAUUUAGGAAUGAGUGGGAUUGGUUAUAUUGCCUCUGGCUGGAGGCUGAUGGGUACUGUAGGAUCAAGAGUUAUCAUACAUACCAAGCUGACAGGACAACAAAGUGGAAAUAUGUACAACUGUCUAUUAGUGUGGUUGAAAUUUCCAAGAGACGCGAUGAGGACCAUUAUUAUUAAAUGAAAAUGAUUGAAUGGUCCACUGCAAAUUUAAAAAAAUAAAUUUGUCAUAGAGACAAAAGUUACCUUUAAGGAUUAUUCUAGUGAUUGAGUAUAACUCACAAGAGGCCGAUUUAAAAACAACAACAUCCGUAGUCCAAAAUGCCUCUGUGCACAAUUGGAUAGACCAACCACCAGUUAGAACUGCAACCAGACAGACCUACUACCAGUUAGACCAACCACCAGUUAGAACUGCAACCAGACAGACCUACUACCAGUUAGACCAACCACCAGUUAGAACUGCAACCAGACAGACCUACUACCAGUUAGACCAACCACCAGUUAGAACUGCAACCAGACAGACCUACUACCAGUUAGACCAACCACCAGUUAGAACUGCAACCAGACAGACCUACUACCAGUUAGACCAACCACCAGUUAGAACUGCAACCAGACAGACCUACUACCAGUUAGACCAACCACCAGUUAGAACUGCAACCAGACAGACCUACUACCAGUUAAGGCUCUGACACACCAACCCAACGACCGACCGUCGGUGACUCGGUGUGUUCUGAGUGCCUCAGACGCCGACUUGAGCGUACAUUCUGUGCGUGCACGAGACGUAAUACCACGAGACGUAAUACAUCUCCA